CGGUUGGCAAUCGACGCUUACCCCGUGUAGGCAGUGGAGAAGCCCCUGCCCACCCCCCACCAUAGCCUGCGGCCUCUGGCCGGAGUCGUCCUUCACUGCCCAUGGGGUUUUGGCCCCCGGAUUGCAGUGACCGGGACUGGGGGGUAGGGCUAGACUUGGAGGGGCCCUGGGAAAUGAGAGGAAUGAGGAGGGCGUCAGUGCAGAGGGCAAUCGCCUGGCCUGCCGGCAGCACUUGCCCCUGGACCAAACGCUGGUGCAACUCAGCUGGCCAUUUAAGCCCCAGAAACACAGGCAGACCAGUGACAGCGGCCCUUUUCAAACCCACACAUCCUUCCGUCCACCCAGUCAACACAGGUGCGAAUCUGAAGGAGUGGCUGCGGGAGCAGUUUUGUGACCAUCCCCUGGAGCAGUGUGAGGACACGCGGCUCCAUGAUGCGGCCUACGUGGGCGACCUGCAGACUCUCAGGAGCCUGCUGCAGGAGGAGGGCUUCCGGAGCCGCAUCAACGAGAAGUCGGUGUGGUGCUGUGGCUGGCUGCCCUGCACGCCGCUGCGCAUCGCGGCCACUGCCGGCCAUGGGCACUGUGUGGACUUCCUCAUCCGCAAGGGGGCAGAGGUGGACCUGGUGGACGUCAAGGGGCAGACGGCCCUCUACGUGGCUGUGGUGAACGGGCACCUGGAGAGUGCCCAGAUCCUCCUGGAGGCCGGCGCGGACCCCAACGGCAGCCGGCACCACCGCAGCACGCCCGUCUACCACGGAGGCUAGGAAGCCCGGGACAUGCUCUGUGCAGCACUGCCUCUAAGUCCUGUCCCCUCGCCCCGUCCACUCAGGUACGGAGCUGACGUUGAUGUCAACCACCAACUGACCCCCGAGGUCCGGCCCCCCUUCUCCCGGCGGCUCACCUCCCUGGUGGUGUGCCCCCUGUACAUCAGCGCGGCCUACCACAACCUCCAGUGCUUUAAGCUGCUGCUGCAGGCGGGCGCCGACCCCGACUUCAACUGCAGCGGCCCAGUCAACACGCAGGGCUUCUGCCGCGGCUCCCCCGGCUGCGUCAUGGACGCCGUCCUGCGCCACGGCUGUGAGGCGGCCUUCGUCAGCCUGCUUGUGGACUUUGGGGCCAACCUAGGUCUGGUCAAGUGGGAGUCUCUGGGCCCAGAAGCACGGGGCCGGCGCAAGGUAGACCCUGAGGCCCUGCAGGUCUUCCGAGAGGCCCGAAGUCUCCCCAGGACCUUGCUGGGUCUGUGCCGUGUGGCCGUGAGACAGGCGCUUGGCAAACACCGGCUCCAUCGGAUCCCCUCGCUGCCGCUGCCAGACCCCGUCACCAAGUUCCUGCUCUAUGAGUAGGGCGAGAAGGGGCAGGAGUGGCGCCUGGAGGGGUCCCGCCUGCCUGGGGCUUGUCUCGGGUCCCAGGUCAUUGCUGCCCGAGAGGCCUGGACAGAAGUGCCCCUUGCUUCAUUCUGGCGUACCUCCCGUGGGUCCUGACAGGUGCACUCUCCUGGCAGCCCUGGGUGUGUGCAGGCAUGUGCGGCAGGCCCAGAAGGCACCUGGGACCUUGGCAGCACGUGCUUGUCUUAUCACCUCUGCUCCUACACAUGAUUGCCACUUGAUGCCCGUCUGCUCAUGUCCCACUGUCCAGGGCGUCCCGGGAGAAGGAAGCAGGGGUGGGUGGCAGGUCAUGCGUGCCGCUCUCAGAGCUCCUGGGCUGGCGGGGUCUGUGCAGAGUGGGGUGUUGGCUGAGCAUCUGCAUUCAGGGUCUGCUCCCCAUGCACAGGCCGAGCGUGGGUCUGUGCGGCGCCAAGCCUGCCACCGUGUGGGGAUUUUGGGCUGUGCGCCCACAGGACCACGGUGGGGGAGCUUUGAGAUGGGAUCGGGUGUAGGAGGGUCGCAUGGAGCCAGCCGGGAAAUGACCCCGAACUGUCCCCCAGCACUCACUGCCAGUUCUAGGGAGAAGAUGCCCCGCCUGCUGCAAAGGCCCCCAGCCGCUGAGGGUCCACAGCCGGGUCCUGGUGGUUGGCACCUCACUUGUCUGCUUGUGAGGGUCUUGGAACAGGGUGGGGGAGUGGGCCAGGGGUCGGUUGGGACACCUGUGGUUACGUGGUCUCAAUGAAGCACCCCACUGUCAUUCCGUGGGGUCCCUGCAGUCCCCUCAUGGGAAGCGUCUGAGGACUCCCCAUAGGAGCUGGGACUGCAGGCUCUUCCGGGCAGACCAUGUGUCGGAGCCUUUGCGCUUUGUGGUAGUAAGAGGGACUCGGGGGCAUCACGUCUCUGUGUGCGGGAGCUGGUCGCACCGAGAUGGCUGCUGCCCAGUGUGUGCCCUUUGGCCACAUGAAGUGGAGUCUUGCACCCCCUUCCUUAGCAACUCUGCCUGGGUGCCAGACUGACCCUGUCUCUGGGUGGAGGUUGCUGGGUGAGCUGACGUCUGCGCUAUGACAGUUGUGCAGUGUUCCUGGGGGGUGGGGGGCUGUGGCACCCAUGCAAGGGCGAGUCAGGCUUGGCAGUCUUCGGAACGGCACAGAUUGAGCAGUGUGGCUCACUGGGGUGAUGUGGUCAGGCUGUGUAGCAUCCUAGGGGGCUGAGCGGUCCUCUGAGGGGACGGGCAGGCCAUGGGCUACCCCUGAGGUUGAUACUAGGCUUUGUAGUCCUCCCGAGGGGGUGGGAUGGUGCUUGUGUGGUGCCCCUGAGGGGACGGGGUCAGGUCAUGGACCUUUGGUGAGGUCAGCAGGGCCCCCGAGGUGGAUGGUCCGAGAUUGGCUGGGCUUCCUCAGAGUGUCUGGGCUGGACCGGGAGGGUGGGGAGCCGUGUGGAGUCAGGAGACCCCCUCUGGGAGGAGUGUGGGCAUCGUCACAGCUGUACCCGAUGCUGGGGGCUCCCGCCUGGGGAGCAGUCACGCGGGUCAGGCUGGGCUGUUGGUUGGGCAGGGUUUUGCCUGAGACGGAACGAUGGUCACUUGGGUGGGCAGAGUCCUUGUGGAGUUGUGUGAGCAGGGGCCAGCACCUCCCCCUGCCUGCCUCUGGUGGGCUGUGGUGCAGUCAAGGGGGCCUGCCCUCUGUGGGUGUGGGGUGGGAGCCUGAAGGACAAGACCACUGCCCAGAUCCUUGGGUUUGAGGAGGGCAGCUCUGGCCUUGGGAGCUACAGUGGCCGGGCCCCGUGCCACUGUUACCCUCGGGCUGCCCUUGUGCCUUGGACUGGGCAUGUGUGUGCGGUCCUGCGUUCUAGAAGGACUGGCCCCCCUCCCGACCCCCUGCCGUGCCCCGGGCCUCAGUUUGGCUGUGGCAGAGGGUCGGUCCGGCCUCCUUUGCCGGUUUCCCUGGUUUCCAGUAGCUGUGAGGUUCACCCUUGUUGGAGGGAGGCCUCGGUGUGGACCCCUUCCUGCUGUGACACUGCUGUGGGCAUAGGGUGGCUUCCGACGCAGGAAGUGUGGGUGCAUGUCAGAGGCCCCCAGAGUGUCCUCACAGCCUGGGGGCCGGGUGACUGAGGGAGGCAGCAGAACUCUUGGGGGUUCCGGGGAAUCUGCUCUGGGCCGAGGGGAGGGGUCUGGGUUCAUCUCUUGAAGGGUCCCAUGCUGCCCUGGCAGCUGCUGCACUGGGUGCACGCCCGUGUUCCCCACCUGGCUCUGCCCAGGGCCUGGGGGCUGCCGUGUGGUGUGCUCGUGGGGCCUGUGAGGGUCUCCGUGGACUCGUCUUUGCCCAAAGCAAGGAGGCAUGAUGCCCUUUCUAGCUUCAGGAGCAUUUUCAGGUUUUUCUUUUUUUUUUCCUUUACAUAAGUUGUUCAUGUGAAGGUCCAUGAGGCAGUGGGUGAGUUGUGUACAGUCCCCCCUCCCUA